CGAAAAAUCGAUACACAAUCGUGUCACAGUGUGUAUAGAAUGUCGUGUAUAAGAACGAAACAAGAAAAAAAAAGAACAGCGGCACACAGGAGAAUUUUCCUAGUCUCCAUCCACAAAAAAAAAUCUACUCUCUAUAUAUACACCACAGAGGAAUGGAUGUUUAUAGAGAGAACACUGUUCAUAUGUGCGAGAUUGCUGUCGUGCCGAAGUGAACCGUAUAUAUACUUUCAUACUAAUGGAUUGCACGUGGUCAGUGUUCGCUUUGUAUGUGUGCGUGUAUGAGCGUAUGUAUGCCAUAUCGUCGGGGCGGCGAAUGUAUUUGUGCGGAAUAUUGUGAUUGUGUGUGGCCGGCAUAUUUGACAAGUUUACGUUGUGUGUAUAGUGGCGACAGCUAGAGCAAUGUGCGUGAGCAUCAAACAAAACAAAUGCGAGAAAUACACACAGCCAACAACAGAACAGAGUCGAGCAGAGGAUCUCAUUCACAAAUUCAAACAACAAAACUCUAUGUGUUACACAAUAUUCGGUCUCGUUUGCGCACCAAUGUCACACGCAAACAUCAUACGAUAUGCUUUUUCCCUGUUUCCGACUCUAUAUCUCCCUCUCUUUCCGUGUGUCUCAUGUGUGUCUGUGUAUGCAUGAGAGCGUGUAUAAAGCAUGCAAUUGUAUAUCCAAUAUCAUAUUUCAAAUCUAAAAAUGGCAAGCGUAAGAGACACAAGUUUCAUUCCGGAUAUGCCGUCUGGUCCACUGGAUGAAUAUCGCAAACGAGCGAAAUUCGAUUGGAAGCAACUGCGUUUAGUGUUUGAAGAUGAGAAUUUAUUACGGCUUAAAUAUAAAACAUGGAAUAGAAUUGAAUCAAAUCCAUUGUUUGCUAAACCACGACACACACUGUCCGCCGAUCAGCAAAAAUACCGAGCUGCCAUGCAAAUGAAUGCAACAAAUCUUCUGAAAUUAGCACCGCCCGAUGUUGAUAAAAUGAAUCAUAGUCAAAAGACACGGUAUUUGAUGAGUAUCAACGAGGCCCUUCGUUCAGUGUGUCCUAGUCUAUCGGUGAAAAUAGCGCUCGGCGUUGGAUUAUUCAACAAUGCACUGCUCGCUAUGGGUACUGAACGACACACCAAAUAUUAUGAAGCUGCGUGGAAAGGAGAAAUUAUUACGUGUUUGGCCAUCACCGAAGUAUCACACGGCAGCAACACAAAACGCAUUCGAACCACCGCUCGAUACGAUCCAAAAACACAAGAAUUCGUCAUUCAUACACCGGAUUUUGAGGCAGCCAAGUGUUGGGUCGGGAAUCUCGGUAAAACUGCAACAAUUGCACUGACAUUUGCCAUUCUGUACACGGGUGAUGGUAAAAAUCAUGGUCUGCAUGGUUUUCUCAUUCCAAUCAGAGAUCCAAACACACUAAAACCAUAUCCAGGCGUUUUAGUCGGCGAUAUCGGCGAGAAAAUUGGACUGAAUGGCAUUGAUAACGGGUUUGUCAUGUUCAACAAUUAUCGCAUACCACGGGAAAACCUUUUGAACAAAACCGGUGACGUAACACCGGACGGUCAAUAUGAAAGUGUUUUUGGUGAUCCAACCAAAAUUCUGGGAGCCGCACUUGAAUCAUUCUCCGCUGGACGCAUCGGUAUCAUGCAAGAGUCAUCCAAUACGCUCGCCGAUGCCAUCGUCAUUGCCGUACGGUAUGCGGCUGUUCGAAAACAAUUCGGCCAAGAUAUCAACGGACCUGAAAUGCCAAUCAUUGAAUACCAACUGCACCAAUGGCGUCUAUUCCCAUACUUGGCAGCUGCAUGUGUGCUCAAGAUUUCUGUGACAACAUUGACUGAUGUUUAUUUGGCCAUAGUCGAGAAAUCCAGGGCAAAUAGCAAUGGUUUUGAGGAAUUGACCAAAGAAGUGUCAGAGAUUCAUGCGCUGAUAUCCAGUUCGAAGGCAUUGCUGACGUGGACCGCCAGAGAUGCUAUUCAAGAAGCACGUGAGGCUUGCGGUGGUCAUGGUUACCACAAAGCUGCCAAUUUGGGUGAGCUGAGAAACAAUCAUGAUGCAUGUUGUACAUAUGAAGGCGAUAAUAAUGUGUUGGGCCAACAAACAUCCAAUUGGCUCGUUCGACAAUGGGAAAAUGGAGUUGAGAAUCCAUCGGGCACAGCUGCAUUCAUUGAUAAACGUGAUGUCAUUAUGAAAUAUACCUUUGAAAAAGUUCGGGAUAAGAAUACAUUGAAUAGUAUUGAAUUUUUCAUUGACUGCUACGAAUGGCUAAUGUGUUACCUCAUGGAUUCAACGUCAAAGCAUAUGCAACAAUCAACAAACAGUGGAGCGAGUAGAUUUGAUGCACGUAACAAUGCUCAAGUGUACCGUGCCCGUGAUUUGACUCGAACUUAUUCCGAGUAUUAUGCGCUAAAAAGUUUCCAAAAACGGCUGACACAUCCCGAUAUAACCAGUUCACUGCGACCGAUCUUGAAGUUGGUUGGUCAAAUAUAUGGGUUUUGGUGUUUGGAACGACACUUGGCGUUAUUCUACCAAGGCGGUUUUUCCGCAACCACCGCACAAAAUGCAUUUGCUGACACAGUACAAACUGAACUGUUACGCCUUUGUGGCGAAUUGAAAGACAGUUCUGUAGCCAUUGUCGAUGCGCUCGCCCCACCCGACUUUGCUCUAAAUUCAAUAAUCGGAAAAUCCGACGGAUUGCUGUAUGAAAACCUGCAGAACGAAUUCAUGACGAAUCCGGGUGCUAUGGAACGAGCCUCUUGGUGGAAAGACGUUCGUAUACCCGUCGCCAAAUCCAAACUAUAAAUUUAAAAAUAAAAGAUCGCAACAAUAGCAACAACAAAACAACUAGAUUUAUAUAUGAAAAGAGCGCAUUUCCAUUUGUUUAGAAAACAUUUUAUUGUAAUAGCCCUUUUCCAUGUUCAUGGAACGGCUGACUGGGUGCUAUGAGAAGGCUCAAUUUAUCUACACACACAAAAUAUUUUUUUUCUCGAUUUUUUUUUUAAAUUAUCGUCAUCGGCAACCAGUCCAGCUGUUCAAUUCAACUGUAUACAUACACUGAUAUUAUUAUUUUGUUUUUCAUCUGUCGAACGUUUUUUAUAAAUGGCGUUUUAUCAUCUAAAUCUAUUUUUUAUGCGAAAGGAGUGAACAAACGUAUUUUUUACAUGGAUAAAUAUUAACAUCUCAAAUGAUUCAGAAAAACGGAAUAUAUUCAUUGUUCACACAAAAAAAAACAUCCAAUAUCAUUGAAUCUAUCAAGUGUUUUAGAGAAAUUCCUUAUUUAUAAAUGUGCCUGAAUUGUCCUAAAAAACAAGUAAAAAAACCAUUUGAAAUAAAUCAAUCAAGCAAUUUGAAAUGAAAAAA